AUGGACAGUGGCGUUCGCAAAAAACGGACGCUGGCGGAACGACGAGAAUCUGACAAACUUCGACAGCGGAGGUUUCGAGCAAAGAAACGAGAAGAACAACGACUUCUACAAGUGAUUCAUGGCGUCGUUGAGCAUGAGAAGAAAGAACGAGUCUACACACUUCCCAAGAAAACUGCCGAUGAAAUUCGUGAGACAAAUCGUAUUCGUCAGCAGAGAUUCCGUGCGAAACGACGUGGCGAGGACAUUUCAGAAGGGCCACCACUGAGUCUUCUCGAAAUUCCAAAAAUUCCGAUGGAAGAGAAGAAGCCAAUUCCGAUUGUUAUAAAAGAAGAAAUUCCGCCCCCUCCACCACCUAUCGUCAUUCCCGUGAUACAGGAGACUCCAGAAGAAAUUAUGAAACGAUUGAUUUUACAAGCAGCUAAUGAUGAGAAAAACCGUCAGACUGAAAUUCGACGUGAGAAGGAUCGCGUGAGAAAACGUCGGGAGCGUCAGAGGAAAAGGGAUAAAGCGAUGAAGCUGGCCGGGUUGACUUCAGACGAAAUGAUCAAAUUACAUUUCCAAAAAACGUUGAAAAAUAUGGAAAUCAAUGAAGCUCAAAAAGCUGGAGAAGCUCAAGAACCCAUUGCAAGUGAAGACGAUAUGGAAGACGAUGAAGUUCAGUAUUCAGAUAUAAUGAAUAUAGAACAGGUGGUGCAACCGGUAGAAGAAGAAGAAGAAAAUCCCACUAUCCAUCUCGACGCGAACAACUUCAUAGCGCAGUUGGCAGAGAUGGGAUUCCAGUUUGAUGCGACGACGACACCGACACUUCCGGAGAAUAUCGAUGUAGCAAUCAAGCAGGAGAGUCUAUCAGAUGAAUCCACGUCUUCUACCUCUUCCUCCACCCCUGAAACUCCUCGGACACCUCUCCCGUUUGAAAUGUUCACCGAAAAGAAGCCAUGGCAACGGUGUAACACAUCAGAAGAGCGUCGGGAACGAGAAAGAAUGAGAAAACGCGUGUAUCGAGCUAAGCGGAAAUAUAUCUCGACUGGAAAACUUGAAAUGCAAUGGGAUCCGAGUCCGAUAAAGAGAUCACCGAAUGAUGAUGUGGAGGAGGGGAUCACACCACUUCCAGAGUGGAAUGCAAACUUGUCGAGUGAGCAGAAGGCGGAGGCUCAUCGGAUUUAUAAUAAGAGAUAUAGGGAACGACUGAAGAGCUCUGCACUGAAGGGGGAGGAGUCAAGGAGUCAAAGUAGGGAAGCCUUGUUGGUGGAGCAUGAUCAAGCUUUAUCUUCCGAAAUGAUCACAGAGUUGCUAUCUACAAUAUCGCAAGGUCAUUUGCCUAGUCUAGUAUCGAACAAGGUUGCCGAGUAG